AUGGCGGAUGACAAUGAAAAUGACGAUUCCGGAACUGUUGGCUGGGGUGGUAUCCUAGCUACCUUGAGUGCUUCUUUUCUUCAAUCAGCAGUGUUCUAUCUCUUGUUCCUCUACCAACGUGCCCAACACAAAAAGAGGAAUGAGUUUUCCUUGUACGAACCACGGCAAUAUAUCAAGAAACAUGGUACACCAUUCAGCGAUAACUGGAUCAGGGAUGCUUGGAAUGUGUCACAAGAGGAGUUGCUGAGUAUUGUAGGCCUGGAUACAUUAAUGUACUUGAGGUUUUUACUCUUGGGAACAAGGGUCGCUGCUAUCGGUGUCUUCUUUUCCAUGGUGUUGGUCCCGUUGUAUGCCACGGGGAAUAACAGAGGCGCUUGGACCACCGAGUUCAAUCUCUUCACUCUGGCAAGAGUAGAGCAAGGGAGUAAUAAAUUGUGGGCGACUGUAGCUUUCUGGUGGCUUUUUAUCAGUUACAUCCUAUUGCAAUUGUGGAGAGAAUGGAAAACGUUUCAGGGCUUGAAGUUUCGUGGGACGAUUCAAUGGGAUCCAGAUAGCACGAGAGAAGCUAGGUAUGCCGUCCGGGUAGAGCUUUCGGAUAGAUCAUCAUCAUCAUCAUCAUUGUCCAUAAUGAAAAGUGAUAAGGCACUAGCAGAGAAAUUUGAAGAAUUGUUUCCAUCGCAAAUACGUCAAGCCAACAUAUUCUUGGAGGUCGGACCGUUGGAAAAGGCCAUUGCCGAACGUCAAAUUGCCAUCGAAGCGGUGGAAAAGGCAACUGCAUUUACCAUGGCAAAGCCAUUGGAACCCCGCCCACAGACAAAAAUUAAGAGCUAUUUACCAUGCAAGGGUGAAACAGUGGACACUAUUGAACACUUUUCACAUGAAGUGGAUCGACUCAACAGGGAUAUAGAUGACAUGCGGGCCAAGAUCUUGCACCAACGAGAUCUUGCAGACAACAGCAACAGUAGCAGCAUGGAUAGUGAAGAUGCUGCCGACCGGAACUCUUACAUCCCUUCGAGCACCGGUAUUGUCGUAUUUAAAUCGUUGCUGGCAAAAGAAUCCGCCAUGAAACGAGACGACACGCAAAUGACAAUCGUUCCAGCGUCUGACCCGGAAGCAAUUCUAUGGGAAAACGUCACGGUUCCGUUGAGAAAACAGAAAUAUAGAGCCAUCGCUGCUGCUGUGCUUUGGACAUUUGGCGUCUUGUGGUGGGCAGUACCGGUCGCUCUAAUGACAGCAAUUGCCAACCUUGGUGCCAUACUGAAAAUAUUUGGUCUGAGUCGAAUAAUCAAUCAAGAUACAGCUAUCUAUGGGAUUGCCUCUGGGUUGGCUCCAGUGGUUGCAUUGAUCGUAUUGAUGAUUGCAGUAUAUGAAGGCAUUUUAACAGUGGCGAAAAAGUAUAUUCGAUUCAAGUCAGCUCCUGAAGUUGGCGCGUAUGCGAUGCGUUGGCACAUGCUAUUUCAGUUUGCCAACCUGUGGCUCAUUCUCAUCGGGGGGUCUUUAUUCCACCAAGUCGGUGCGCUAAUAAAGGACCCAUGGUCCAUUGUGGACAUCAUCGCCUAUGCUUUGCCAGGGGCGUCGAGGUUCUUUGUCAACAUGAUAUCGGUGAAUGGGGUGGGACGCUUUGGCCUCGAGCUAUCCAUGCUCCCUCAAUAUGGAACGACUCUUUUUACGAAUUUUCUACUUCCAGAAGCUCAACGAACCCAACGUAUGAUCGAUGAAGGAAAGAAGCCGCCUGAGGUUCAAUGGGGGAAGAUGAUACCACAACAUGUUUUCGUCUUUUUCGUAAUGAUCAUGUACCAGCCAAUUGCUCCCUUGGUGGAUGUAUUUGCUUUGGUUUACUUUUGCGGCACCUACAUUGUGUGGAAGCACCAAUGCAUGCACGUAUAUUGCCAGCCAGCCGAAGGUGAAGGGAGCACAACAUGGCAGUCAUUCUUUGGAUUCCUUUUGGCGUGUCUUUACAUGAGUGAAAUGGUCUUCAUUGCGUACAUGGGGAUCAAGGAGGCACCAAGUCAAGCAGCUUGUGGGUUCGUUCCACUGACUGCAACAUUAUUGUUUCACUACAAGGUUCACCAAGCGUUCGUCUUCGCGAGUACGGGCAUUGAUGCUGCUGACGGAACCGAUCCCCGAGCUUCCCUAAUCGAUAUGCCGAUUCAAGAGAAGGUAUAUUGGCAACCAAGCUUGAAGGCCGGCUUGUUCGAGAGAGAGCCGAUGCCAUAUAGACGAGUGGUUUCUGAGUAUGGUACCCUACCCUAA